UCCUCCUCCUCCUCCUCUUUUCCUGGGCUCUGCCUUCACGCCAGUCACCUCCCCGGGCUCCGCAUUGCCCCCUCACCUGUCUCCGCCCUGUGCCGCGCCUCACCUGCUUGGUCUCCCCAUUACCCAAUCACCUGUCCCUGCCCGGUGCCGCCUUCAUCUGCCCGGGCUCCCCGCUGCACCCCUCACCUGUCCCUGCCCGGUGCCGCCCUCACCUGCCUGGGUUCCCCGCUGCCCCCCUCCUGCCCCGGCCUUGCGCCCCUCGCCCUGGCGGCCAGGCGGUCACAAUCGCCCAGGGGCGCGUCAACACGCAGCCUCCGCCCGCCUAGCAGCCCCGUCCAGUCCCCGUCCCGUCCCCGUCCCGCCCCCGCGGCUGGAGAGGACCUUCCCUCGGCGGUGCCUGGGCCUGGGCCUGGGCGCGGCUCUGCAGCCUCCCGGCCCCGGCGAGCGAGGAGCGGGGCGCGGCCAUGGGCACCCGCGGGCCCUCCGCGCUGGUGGACACCACGCCCGCCAAGACCAUCGUGGUGUACCGCAACGGGGACCCGUUCUACGUGGGCAAGAAGUUCGUACUCUCGCGGCGCCGCGCGGCCACCUUCGAGGCGCUGCUGGAGCAGCUCACGGAGCAGGUGGACGUCCCGUUCGGCGUGCGCCGCCUCUUCACGCCCACGCGUGGGCACCGGGUGCUGGAGCUGGACGCGCUGCAGGCGGGCGGCAAGUACGUGGCGGCGGGCCGCGAGCGCUUCAAGGAGCUCGAUUAUAUUCAUAUAGUUCCCCGAAAACCUGCAAAGAUAAGGAAGUUGAAGGAAAUCAAACCGGUGGUGCAUUGUGAUAUAAAUGUGCCUUCCAAGUGGCAAACGUAUCAUCGUAUAUGUCGACAUAUAAAUGUUUUUACAAAUGGAAGAUUAUUUAUUCCACCUGCAAAAAUCAUUAUACCCAAAUUUAGUCUGUCCGAUUGGGACAUCGUGCUGGCCACGAUCGGAGAAAAAGUCUUCCCUCUAGGAGGCGUUCGGAAAUUAUUUACAAUGAAUGGGCAUCUUUUGGGCGACUCAAAGGAUUUGCAAGACAAUCACUUUUAUGUUGCUGCCGGACUAGAGACCUUCAAAUAUUUUCCUUACUGGAAGUCUCCAAGGGUGCCCAGUGAGGUCCAACAAAGAUAUGCGAAUGUUGAAAAAAACUCACAGAGAAAGAAAAAAGUGGAUUCCAAAGGAAAAGAGCCUUAUCACUAUGAUGGCAUAUCCCCCAAAACACAGGAUUCUGUUUAUUAUGCCAAAGAAGAAAAGAAGAAAACAUUGGCAGAACCUUUAGUCCAAAGGGGAGCAGAAGGUGACGUGUAUAAAGCGCUGACUCCUAGCAAGGAAACCCAAGGGGCGCUGGACGUCAAAGAGGACCACAAUGUGCAGCUAGAGGUGCCUGUGGACCAGAGACAAGCUGAGAUAGUUAAAGAAGAUGAAGAGAUACAUGAGAACACCCCUGAUUUUGAGGGCAACAAGGAUAAAGAAGAUGCAAGGCUUUGUGAAGACAUUGAAAGAAAGGUUUGUAUCAACAACAAAUACUGUAGUUUUGCGUUUUCUACUCUAAAGACAGACCUAACAAGAGAAUCCACGGAUCCCCAAAUCUUGUCAGGUGCUUUUUAGGAAUAUAACUUUUUUUGCCUCUGUCAUACACCGUAGCUCUGUUUUCCAGAGUUAGAAAACCAGGUUGGAGGAAAAGAAGCAAAUCACGGCCUUUCACAUAGGUGGAUGGAUCCUUGGGAAAGGCAAGUAAGAACCAGGAGUGAAAAGUGCUCUAGGGCAGUGAGUGGCUGGCGUCUGAAGGUGCAGCGUUUAUGACUGUCUGGAAAACCUGGAAAACACGUGUGAAUUAUCUGCCAGCUACACCUGUAGUCACUCACUUAGGUUUUCCAGGCAGUCAAAAACGCUGCACCUUCAGACGCCAGCCAUGAAGCUAAGGAUGAAUGUGCUUGCCUGGCGAGCACAAGGGAGUGGGGGACUCACAGCCCUGGGGAAAGCAGAUGUGUAACUGGGCCCGGGACCCCACCUGACAGCAGACCCCACCUGGCAGCGGAAGGUGCUUCCCUCUAGAAGCGCCGCUCUCCCUGCCAUCAGUGAUAGCUCUGUCCUCAGCAGGACUGAGUUCUCAUCCUAAGUUGGUAGAUGACUAAGUGAUGAUAGUGAUUUUUGUCUGAGUGUGUCAAGUUUCAUUUAUUUAGUCUUUAGUUUUCCUAGACUCCUCAGCACUCCGCAAAGGACGUGAGCCCUGAGUGGUGACACUUGGGGAGGUUAACCUAACCGAAGCCAGCAUCUGCACACCUCGGGGACUUGAAUCGGCUCCGCUUGGCUUUGACUGCUCCAGUACCUGCCAGAUGUGUGGCUUCGGGAACACUCCUUAAAACCUGAUUGCCUCAGUUUCCUCCUCUAUUCAAAGUUUAUCUGUCCACUUGUUUAUAACAAAAUCAACCUCCAGGAGAGAAUAUGUGUAAAGUCUGCUUAGCGUUACUACUUUUAUUCUUAUUAUUAGCAAUAGCUGACUUGCAAAAUAUUCCUGACCAUAUUAUGGGGGAGGGGAACACGUGUGAGUUGUGUCCUGCCCAUGCACGGAGCCUCUGGUGUGGGUGUGUCCCCAUCGUGCAGUGAGCCUCUCAUGCCGAUGUGUCCCCCAGUGCACGGAGCCUUUCGUGUGGGUGUGUCCUGCCCAUACACGGAGCCCCUGGUGUGGGUGUGUCCUGCCCGUGCACUGAGCCUCUGGUGUGGGUGUGUUCCCGGUGCUUGGAGCCUCUCAUGUGGGUGUGUCCUGCCCAUGCACGGAGCCUCUGGUGUGGGUGUGUCCCCCGGUGCUUGGAGCCUCUGGUGUGGGUGUGCCCCCCAUUCACAGAGUCUCUCGUGUAGGUGGUCCCGCCUGAGCCCGGAGCCUCUGGUAUGGGUGUGUCCUGCCCAUGCAGGGAGCCUCUGGUGCGGGUGUGUUCCGCCCAUGUAUGGAGCCUCUGUGUGGAUGUGCAGGCAGCCUUGUGGCUGGAAGAGCACUGAAUUCCUGUUUUAGCUUUCCCGCUAACUUGCUAGGUGUCCUUUGUUAAGUAACUUGAUUGAUUCAAUCAACAAUCAUUUUACAUGUUUAUAGGUUUGCUUACUUUUCAAGAAUCAAUGAGACAAUGGUUUGUAAAGUUUCUGAAAAGUAUAGCAUAUCUAUGCUUAAAAUGGUGUUUAUAUUAUUUGUCUUUGAGCUAGAUAAUGAAAGUUUUUGUUCCUCAGCUUGAAAUUAGACACUUGGUUUUCCCCACUCUUAACUCCCGUGUUAAAAUCAGUGUAAUCCAUUUUAUUAUGUGGAAUUCCAUCCUCUGGAACUCUCUACAGCCAAACUAACCGCACAUGAUUGGGAAACAAUAAUGUGUGUUCGUAGUGAUGUCCCUGUAAGCAUAAAUCAUAUCUGGUUUGAAUGCCAAGUAAUUCUUUGGAGCAUUUAUCAGUUGUUUGGCAUACAUGUUACUCUUUUAAAGGGAAUAUUUUACCAAACACAAUGGAAUGAAAAGAAUGCAAAUCUGGCCGCAUGCAAACUGUGCACAGAUAGUUUCAUUUCUCCGACCCUUGGUUUCCUUAUCUGUGAAACUGAGAUAAUUUCCAACUUGCGAAGUGAGUGUAAAGAUUAGAAGUAUUUAAAAGUGCCUUACUCAGUGGUCUGGGGAUAAAUGCUAUCUGCUGUUGUUACUAUUAUUCUGUAAUUUGAUCAUGACUCCAAUGGAGGUCUAAAGUGUUUGAAAGAAGGAAUGAGAUUUUACUCAUAUUUGCACUUUUCUCAGCGUCAGGCAUGCACAAUGCCUUACAGUAGACAUUUUAUUUACAUUUAUUUACAGUAGACAUUUUACAGUAGACAUAUAUAUAUAUAUUUAUUUAUUUUUGAAA